AAAACACCAAAAGGGAACUAGGACAGAAUGGGGUCAGAGUAUAAGAACAAAGGGAAACAGAAAAAGACUGAGCUCAAAUUUCAAAGAUAUGAAAGUUUGAGUUAAUAAAGGAGUAAUGGAUGUCAACAGAAGGAAGCACACUAUUAAAUAGCAAGAUAAUCAAAGAAAAACAGAGAUAUAGAGGGAAUAAUUGCAAUCAAAAUAUAUUAUUUUUAAAUAAAGAAAAUCAUGGAAUAAAAAAUGAGUAAAAGUCAGGACAAGAGACAAAGCUUUUGGAGUUUAUGGCAGAAAGAAUUUCAACUGGGUGAUUCAUGCACCCAUUAGAGCUUGAGAAGCACUGCUUGGAAGCCCCUUCUGCCAUAAAUGAGGACUGUGUGAUUGGGCUAAAGGGCUCAGUGCGGGGACUCUGUUUUCUGGUUUAAGUACCACAAUGGACACAGGCAACAAAACUCUGCCCCAGGACUUUCUCUUACUGGGCUUUCCUGGUUCUCAAACUCUUCAGCUCUCUCUCUUCAUGCUUUUUCUGGUGAUGUACAUCCUCACAGUUAGUGGUAAUGUGGCUAUCUUGAUGUUGGUGAGCACCUCCCAUCAGUUGCAUACCCCCAUGUACUUCUUUCUGAGCAACCUCUCCUUCCUGGAGAUUUGGUAUACCACAGCAGCAGUCCCCAAAGCACUGGCCAUCCUACUGGGGAGAAGUCAGAGCAUAUCAUUUACAAGCUGUCUUUUGCAGAUGUACCUUGUUUUCUCAUUAGGCUGCACAGAGUACUUCCUCCUGGCAGCCAUGGCUUAUGACCGCUGUCUUGCCAUCUGCUAUCCUUUACACUACAGAGCCAUCAUGAGUAGCCUGCUCUCAGUGCAGCUGGCCCUGGGCUCCUGGGUCUGCGGUUUCAUGGCCAUUGCAGUGCCCACAGCCCUCAUCAGUGGCCUGUCCUUCUGUGGCCCCCGUGCCAUCAACCACUUCUUCUGUGACAUUGCACCCUGGAUUGCCCUGGCCUGCACCAACACACAGGCAGUAGAGCUUGUGGCCUUUGUGACUGCUUUUGUGGUUAUCCUGAGUUCAUGCCUCAUCACCCUUGUCUCCUACGUGUACAUCAUCAGCACCAUCCUUGGGAUCCCCUCUGCCAGUGGCCGGAGCAAAGCCUUCUCCACGUGCUCCUCGCAUCUCACCGUGGUGCUCAUUUGGUAUGGGUCCACAAUUUUCCUUCACGUCCGCACCUCUAUCAAAGACGCCUUGGAUCUGACCAAAGCUGUCCACGUCCUGAACACUGUGGUGACUCCAGUUUUAAACCCCUUCAUCUAUACGCUUCGUAAUAAGGAAGUAAGAGAAACUCUGCUGAAGAAAUGGAAGGGAAAAUAAAUCUCCUCUGCCACAACAGAUGUCCUGUAAAUGGUCUCUGCAUCUAUACAGAGGUUCCAAGUAAGAAUGUGGAGGAACAGGGCAAAUCUUUCUUGGUACACAGAGAAAAAACAAACAAAACAAGCAAUACUAUAUUUUCUAUACAUUAUCAUGUAUGAUAAAAAUGGGAGUUUUUGACAUAAGCAAAUGGGACUUUUUAAGUAAAAAAUAAUUGUACAUUGAAUUAGGUUUGCUCUGGACUUUGGUUUAUAAAUUAGAGACAUCUGCAAUAAAAAGAGUGUUUUGGUAUAUCAGCUCUAAAUUCUUGUUUCUCUUUAAAGAUUAGCAAAAUUGUCUUAGUAUAAAAUAUUGAGAACUACAUUUGUGGAACACGAGGGAAGAGAAAUAUGC